AAACUGCAUUCAGUUGCACGACACAUCCCUACCAAGACACACAUUUACUGCGCAUACAAAAUGAGUUUCAAAGACAAGGUGGUGAUAGUGACCGGCGCCAGUUCGGGCAUCGGGGCGGCCACCGCCGUGGAGCUGUGUCGCCAGGGAGCGGCCGUGGUGCUGGCGGCGAGGAACCCGGGCAAGCUGGCGGCGGUGCGCGCGCGCUGCGCCGCCGCCGGCCCGCCGCCGCUGCUGCUGCCCACAGACCUCGUCAAUGAGGCUGAUCUUAGGAACCUCGUUGAUAAAACUGUGGAGAAAUACGGGAGGAUCGACAUCUUAAUCAACAAUGCUGGUUUCGGCGCUAAAGUCCCGUUCGAAUCCGCAGACGCGAUGAAAGUUUUCGAUGAAAUCGUGGGUUUAAACCUGCGCGCUGUGGUCCAAUUGACCCAUCUGACACUGCCGCAUUUGAUCAAGAGCAAAGGUAACAUCGUCAAUAUAUCCAGCGUCGCUGCGCUGAAGAAUAUUCAAGACUCGUUCGCGUACUGCACCGCUAAGGCCGGCUUGGACCACUUCUCCCGCUGCAUCGCGUCAGAACUGGCUCCUAAAGGGGUGAGAGUCAAUGUGGUCAACCCGGGACCAGUGAGGACUGACUUCGUGGAGAAUAUGGGCGUUAAUGAAGUCGGAAAAUUCUACGAAAAUAUAGGAGAAAUGAUGCCGCUGAAGAGAGUGUCGGAGCCGGAAGAAAUCACAGAUGUAAUUUUGUUUUUGGCCAGUGAAAAAGCUAGGGGGGUCACUGGGGCCAGCUGGGUAACCGACGACGGGUACAUGAUCAAGUAAU